AUGAGCCUUCGGCUUGGAUUUCAUCAUGGCAAUGAUCUUCGUUUCAUGAUUCCCUCUUGCACAUUACGGCUACACGCCAACAAUGACAUUGCAAAUGCAUCAUUGGCCCAAAGCAGUGACGUUCCUAUAUACAUGAGAAAUGACUUUGAUGACCAGUUGCUGGAAAUGUGCCGUGCCCCAUUUGGGGGGAGUAAGUCCCAUCCUCGGGGGUCUCGGUUCAGAGUCACUGAUUCUAUUGAAAACAAGCACAGAUAUUCUAAAGUGAUCUACACGCUUCGAAGGGCCCUGAAGUCGUCGGGUGACCUAGUAAUGGAUGCUCGAAACUCACUUAGUGCUGGGUUCAUCCGCACCGGAAGAAUAUGCAUGCAUCUGCUCAUGUGGAUCUUCGGUCUUGCAGUCCUUCAAAAGGUGGCAAGCCCAGAUCCCAUCGAUCAGAAUAUUUCCGGCAACUCCAAGUAUUCCCAGAGAUUCAUGCACACUCGUCCACCGUCAACGAGCGCUUUUAUUUGA